GCGAAUGAACAUAUUCGGUUGACAUCGCUGAUGACAUCUAAUAAAUCCAGAGAGGAAAAAAUAACUUAAUGGUUUUCUGAUCGAAAAAAGUCUUCUUUUUCAAUUGGAAUAGGAAUUAUUUUACACAUUUGAGCAAUGUAUCUGAAGAUACUUGCUCUACUAUGUCUUCAACAAAGCAUUUACUGUUUUUACGUGCCGGGAGUUGCUCCUGUCGAAUUUGUGAGAGGACAAAAAAUUGAUGUUAAAGCCGUCAAAAUGACCAGCACACGAACCCAGUUGCCGUACGAAUAUUAUUCGUUAAAAUUUUGCUUGCCGAAAAAUGGAACCCUUGUGUACAAGUCCGAAAAUCUGGGUGAAGUGCUGCGCGGUGAUCGAAUUGUCAAUACACCGUACGACGUCCGUAUGGCUGAAAAUAUAAACUGCAAACUGUUGUGUAACGCAAAAGACAGGCCGAUCAAUUGGGAUUUGGAACAGUCGCAAAAAGUGGUGGAGCGAAUUCGACACGAGUACUUUGUGCAUCUGUUGGUAGAUAAUUUACCAGUUGCUACAAGAAUCGUCAAUCCUGACUCGAUGGAAGUUCAAUUUGAGCAUGGCUACCGUUUAGGACAGAGCGAUCGAAGCACUGUGUACAUAAACAAUCAUUUGAAGCUCAUUCUGUCGUAUCACAUGCACACAAAAGACAAAUAUCGAGUUGUUGGCUUCGAAGUGGAAACGUUGUCGGUGAAUUACAACGAAAUUAAAUUCGAAGGUGACACCUGCAACUUCCCUGAUAAUCCUCGGCCACAAAUUGUUAGCGAAACAACGAACACCCAAUUAUUUUUCACCUAUUCAGUGGAGUGGAAACGAUCCGAUGUUAGUUGGGCGUCGCGAUGGGACAUCUAUUUGGGCAUGCAUGACGUUCAAAUUCAUUGGUUCAGCAUCAUCAAUUCACUUGUGGUUGUGUUUUUCCUGUCUGGAAUUUUAACGAUGAUUAUGGUACGAACGCUCAGACGAGAUAUUGCUCGGUAUAAUACCGAAGAUAAUAUUGAAGACACUCUCGAAGAAACAGGUUGGAAAUUGAUACACGGCGAUGUAUUUCGUCCACCACGACAUCCGAGACUUUUCGCUUCUAUUAUUGGCAGUGGCAUUCAAAUUUUCUUCAUGGCAUUGAUCACGAUAUUUGUUGCAAUGUUGGGUAUGCUUUCACCAAGCAGCAGAGGUGCACUGAUGACAUCGGGAAUAUUCUUGUUCGUCUUCAUGGGAUUGAUUGCUGGCUACUUUUCGGCUCGAAUCUAUAAAACGAUGAAGGGACGCGAAUGGAAACGUGGAGCCUUUUUGACCGCCACAUUGUACCCAGGGAUUGUGUUUACGACCUGCUUCUUUUUGAACUUUCUUAUCUGGGAAAAGCAUUCGAGUGGAGCGGUUCCAUUCGGAACGAUGAUAUGGCUGUUGUGCUUAUGGUUUGGAAUUUCACUGCCAUUGGUGUAUCUCGGCUAUUACUUCGGUUAUAGAAAGCAGCCGUAUCAGCAUCCGGUCAGAACGAAUAUGAUUCCUCGGCAAAUUCCCACGCAGCAAUGGUAUAUGAAUCUGGGACUGUGCACUCUAAUGGCUGGCAUUCUACCGUUCGGUGCCGUGUUCAUCGAAUUGUUCUUCGUUUUCACAGCAAUUUGGCAGAAUCAAUUUUAUUACCUGUUCGGGUUCUUAUUUUUGGUGUUCUGCAUAUUAGUGGUGAGCUGUGGUCAAAUCUCGAUUGUGAUGACAUAUUUCCAAAUUUGUAGUGAGGACUAUCGUUGGUGGUGGCGAAGUUUUAUCGUUUCUGGCGGCUCGGCUGUGUACAUACUGUUUUACAGCGUUUUCUACUUUUUCACGAAAUUGUCGAUCACGGAGUUCAUACCGACUCUCUUAUAUUUAGGAUAUACAGGUCUUAUGGUCAUAACAUUUUGGCUGCUAACUGGUUCAAUUGGAUUUUUCGCCGCCUACAGUUUUAUCCGGAAAAUCUAUGGUGCCGUAAAAAUUGACUAAACGACCAAAUUCUUGAACAUCAUCAACAUUUUGUUAAUAUUAAUAUUAUGGAGCAUGAAGUUUCUCAUUUAAACGAAUCAAUAUCUGUACAUCCUCGCUCAAUUUCGAUUGUUUUCUUUAUAUAUUUUUUGACAAAUCAAGUAAAAGAAUUAACGAGUUCAUUAACUCAAAACCUAACAAAUUUGCGUUUAAGAAGCUAUCACAGUGUUCUAAUGCACUGGAAUUGUGUGGAUGUCUAUCCCUUGGGUGAGUCAUUUUUUUAGAUUUUUUUUGUUUAAUUUCUUUUUAAUUAAAUGAAAUUGUUUAUUUUGUAAGAUGCUGUAAGAUCGAAUUAAGUUAUUUUUAAUAAAAUAAAAAUU